AUGAGUAAAAAACUUACAAAUAUGUUGUCAGAGAUUGACACGAGUUCAGCAGCUGAUAUAACUAAGGACUCCCAAUUUAGCGCAGUCAGUGGAGAAUCUCCAAGAAUCUUUCCUGUCUACAUAUGUAUUAACGAAUAUGCUAAGAGAAUGGAGGAUGAGCUUGACAUGAAACCUGGUGAUAAGAUUCAGGUGAUUACAGAUGAUAGAGAAUAUAACGAUGGAUGGUAUUUCGGUUUAAAUUUAAGGACAAAGGAAGAAGGUCUUUAUCCAGUUGUUUUUACUCAAAAAAUAAGUAACGAAAGAAAGCCAACUCUAAUGAGAGCUAAAUCUUUAAAGAGAAUGAACAGUAUGAAUGGUAUGUCUGAUAGUAAUACAUCCUUAGUCCCUUCAGGGGCUGACUCAUCCGCAGAUCUUUCAAUUCCACAAGUUGCUGAAGCUGCAGCUCCUGUCUCUAUUAGCCAUGAAGUUCCAAGUGAAAGACAUGUAUCAGUGAAAAGCACUAUGAGUGAUAUUGAUAGAGCUUUACAAGAUUUCCAAAUAGAUGAUAAUGCAGAGACCGAUAAAAUUCAGUACAAGGAUGGGGACGCUGAUAGCCCCGUGCAUAGUAUUGCAGAGGAAACUAUUUAUUCAGAGACAACCGACCUAAAUGUUGGAGAAGAUCAUUCAAGACUCCAAGUAUCAGACGCCGAGAAUGUAAGUAACAGUGUACGAGCCUCAUCUUCUUUGGAUGAUGUAAAUGGAAGAUCCGAACUAGAUGUAGCAAAUGCCCAAAAUUGGACAGCCGAAGAAGUUACCGAGUAUUUUAUCCAGGCAGGGUUCGACGUACAGUCAUCUUCAAGAUUUAAGCAACAUAAGAUAUCAGGUAAGAUUCUCUUUGAAUUAGAAUUAUCUCACUUAAAAGAGCUAGACGUUAGCUCAUUCGGUACAAGAUUUGAAAUGUUUAAAGAAAUUGCUGCCCUAAAGGAAGCAAUGGAGAUGGCUACAAGCAAUUCUGGAAGAAAAAGGAAAGAAUUAAUGCCAGCUGCUGAGAUGGAACAUAUCUCAGUUAGUGGGCAUGCAAGACCAGUAUCGCAAUCUGUUGAAGAAUUGCCAAUUAGAAGUGCCAGCUCCUCUGUAACACCCCGUCAAAGACCAACUUCUGUGCUAAUUAAUGGUAAGCAGGCUAGUGAUUCUAAUGUUCAAACCAUAGAUACGAACAUUAUUAAUCCUGCAAGUUUUGCAUCUCCAAGAAGAGCACCUAAGCCACCUUCAUAUCCAAGUCCUGCUCAACCACCUAAAUCGCCACUAGUAAAUAGACUAGCUUCUCCGAUCAAUGCUGGAGAGUCUUUAUCUCAUUCUCCUUAUCGUACAUUAAGAACCACCGGAUCUAAUGAACAUAUUGCUAGUACACCUAAUUCCAGAAAUUCAUAUUCAAGAAAUAUUAAAUCAGGUGUAUUUUCUCCUUCUGUUUCCAAUUCAAUAAAGGAGGAAAAGGAGGAUGCUAAUAAUAACAAGAGAUCAUCAGUGAUAUAUUCACCUCCACACGAAAUGUCGAAUCGUGGCAGUGGAUCGAGAGAAUCCUUAAAGCGUGAUAAUCAGGAGAUACCGCCUAAUAUUGUGAUGGAAAAAGAUGCCGAUGAUGAUAGUAGUUAUGAAGAACAAGAACAGGAUAAUCAAGAUGCUAUCAGUGAUAGGCCAACCUCAAGUAUAUACGCGACUUCUUCAGAUCAUGAAUUUUCGGAUGAUGAGAAGGUUAUGAGACUAAAUGUAACAGAUAAGGACAAAGAGGGAGAAAAAAAGAUCAAAAGAAAUUCUUCAGUUCUGUCAUACUUUACACCUAACAAGAGUAGUAGUGGUGUUGAUAGAUCAUUAUCUGUUAAUACAGGUGUAAAUAGGAGUAAUUCCUUGAAAUUGAAGAAAAAAACUUCGUUUGUUACAAGUCCAUUUAGGCAACAAUUUACUGAAAGUGCAGAUCGUAACUCCCCUAAAGCAGAUAAACGUACUAAAGCUAGUGCAACUGGUGUAGAUCCAUCUGGUGCUUCUAAGGUAGCUAGCAAAAAAAAGAAAGAUAAGAGAAGGUCUGUGAGUGCAAAUGGUACUUAUCCAAACGAUACUGUAAAAGAUAUCUUAGGAACUGACCAAAAUAAGAGAUCCGUUAGUGAAGCUGUUAAGCCAAAAAAAUUGCGUGCUCUUAAGACAAAACCACCAUUGAAGAAACAAAGUACGUCUGCUUUCAUGGAAGGUAUUAGAAAUAUUAGUGUAGAUGAAGCAAUAAAAACAGCAGAUUACUCUGGUUGGAUGAGCAAAAGGGGAAGUGGUAAGAUGAGUACGUGGAAGAACCGUUUCUUCACUUUACAUGGUACGAGAUUGUCGUAUUUCUCAAACACAAGUGAUACAAGAGAGAGAGGUUUAAUCGAUAUUACGGCUCAUCGUGUUGUUCCUGCAAAGGAAGAUGAUAAAUUUGUCUCGUUGUAUGCAGCAAGUACUGGUAAAGGUAGGUAUUGUUUCAAGCUGAUUCCACCAGCACCAGGUUCAAAGAAGGGUCUAACAUUUACUCAACCUCGUAUCCAUUAUUUUGCAGUGGAUACUAAGGAAGAAAUGAGAGGCUGGAUGGCCACUUUGAUAAAGACUACUAUUGAUAUUGAUAAAACAGUACCGGUAAUUAGUUCUUAUACUACGCCAACAGUUUCAUUGAAGAAGGCGAAAAUGAUGUUAGCAGAUGCUCGGGAAGAGACCAGAAAGCGUGAGGAAGAAUUGUCGAACAAUGCAAAUGACGACGAAGCUCUAUGGGAUGAACAACAAAAGAAAUCGGGAUCAAAUAGUAAACAGGAUAAGCACAAGAAAGACAGCAGUGAGAUUGAAGAGAGCACAAAUACAAAUGAAACACCAAACUUGUCGAUUAAUACUUCAAGUGCUGUUACAGCAAGUACUACUGUUAAUUCUAAUGGUUUCGCUAGUCCAUACUUGUUGGCAUCUGGUGUUCUAUCACCUAAUUUACCACAUAGUCCCGGUUUCCGCAAGGUCAGCAGUAAAGAAAAAAAGGGAACCGAAUACUUUGAUUCAGAAGAUACUACGUUGACAGGUACAAAGUUUUGA